GGGAGGAGGGGGGAGGAGGGGGAGGGGGAGGGUAGGGUAGGGUAAGAUGAAUGUUGGCGCCGGCGAAGGCAAUCCAUCUGAUGCGCUUGAGCUCCUCUCCUCCGUCCGAUGGAUGAGACUCCGGGGUCCGUCGGUACCACCUCCAGCUUGUCCUUAAGGCUGGGGCAGGCUCUCUUCUCCUCCGCCUCCCUCCUCUUCAUGUCCGUCGGCGUCGAGUUCUAUAGCUACACCGCUUUCUGCUUUCUAGUCACAAUAAUGGGAUUGGUAAUUCCUUGGAGCUGUACGCUGGCGAUGGUAGAUGUGUACUGUAUUUUUGUUGGUUGCUCUCUACGACUUCCUGGACUAAUGGUGAUCGUUGUUGUUGGAGAUAUGGUACUGUCGAUACUGUCGCUUGCGGCUGCUUGUGCAUCUGCUGGUGUUAUAGAUCUUCUCUUCCACCUUGAUGGAAGCUACUGCCCUCCAAAAUUUUGUGGACGAUACCAGCUAUCAACUUCGAUGGCAUUCUUAUCUUGGUUUCUGACUGCCUCAUCAUCUCUCUUCAACUUGUGGCAUGUUGCUUCCUGGUGAUGUGAUCUAAGCUAUUCUAGCCUGUAGAGAAUGGAGAAUAAUAUUCUCAAGACCCAUAGAAUUCUUACUAAACUGUAUUUAAUAGUCCUCUUUGUUGGAUAAGUCCAUGUAAUUUAUGGAAUCUGAGCA